UUUUGAGACGCCGGUGUCGUCACUCAGAGGAAACAGAGCCAAACAUCAGCCAUCGAGGUGAAGGCGCGGUUGCAUCGCUAUCUUGAUAACUUACCGUCAUCAUGUCCCGCCAGGACAAAGCGACCACCGAGCGAUUUACGAAGACUUUACGAGAGCUUGUCAAGAAACCGGAAAACAAGCUGUGUGCAGACUGCAAGCGUAAUGGUGCGCGCCUAUUUCACUCUGAUAUCUCGAAUGGCGUCUUUCUUUGUAUACGAUGUUCAGGCAUCCAUCGUGGCAUGGGCACCCAUAUUAGUCGUGUCAAGUCUGUAGACCUGGACGUCUGGACCCCGGAACAAAUGGAGUCCAUUCAAAAAUGGGGAAACUACCGAGCGAAUCUUUACUGGGAAGCUCAUCUCAAAGCUGGACAUAUUCCUCCUGAUCAUAAAAUGGAAUCUUUUAUACGAUCCAAAUAUGAAUCACGGCGGUGGGCGAUGGAAGGACCUCCACCACAGGAUCCAUCGAUGCUAGAAAAUGGAUCGAGCGCAACGCCGCCACCGCCGCCGCCACAGCAGCAACAGCAAUCAGCCACACCGGUGCACCAAACUGCACGCGCUAGCCCUUCUCGCGUUCCUGUGACCAACCGUCAACCCCAGCCGCAUCACCUACUCUCUGCCAGUUACGCGUCACAGCACAAGACACAACCUACUCCUGCUGCUGCUGCUCCAGCUCCAGCCCCGCCACCACCGCAACCGAAACCGAGCGAUGACCUCUUUUCGCUCGAUUUCCAUUCCCCCGUUUCAUCAUCACCACCUCCACAGCAGGAUACUCAGCAAAAGAAAGACGUCAAGCAGGACAUACUAUCGCUGUUCUCUUCCCCCCCGUCCGCUGCGCCCACACCAACUUCUCCUUGGGGACAGCCUCAGCCUCAGCAGCAGCAACAACAGCAACAGACAACAAGCAUGAUAGGCGCGAAUGGGGCAGGAAUGUGGGGCGUCAGUUCAGGAUGGAAUUCAGCGGCAGCUCCUCCCCCUCCCCCUCAGCAAAGUCUUUGGGGCGCCUCAGCCCCGCAGCAGCCACAAUCGCAGCCGUCUUUAUUUGCUAGCAGCGCUGCCAUCUGGGGAACGCCUGCGCCGUCAAACGGGAUCAGCCAAACGUCGAAUGAUCUCUUCAGGCUCAAGAAGGAUGAUGUCUUUGGAGAUAUUUGGGGGGAUUUUAAGUGAAGCAUCGCAUAUCCUGUAUGCAUAGUAGGUACUUCAUAAAUCUAGACUUUUUCAAGGAGUGGAAAGAUUGUAUCUUCAAAAAGCCGAAGGGAACGGUGGCCUUGAUAUGGCAGAGCAUCCGAUAUCAACCCUGUAACCACCAGAUCAUUCAUUUUC